UUUCAUUACCAUUAUAACAAACUCUCAAUACCUCCUUCCACUUUCCCCUCAUUUCCUCUCAAAUUCCCACACUAACAUUUUAUCGUACCACACUUUAUGUGUGUAUUUGAUAUUUGUCGAUUGAGAACUCUCAUUUCUUUCUCAAAUUCCUACAUCAAUAUUUUUCUCGUGUCACACUUUUUUGUGUGUACUCGUUUAAAGCACCAUCAUUACUAUAUAUAUAAACCUCUCAAAUUUCCACACUAACAUUUUUUUUUUAAUUCGAAAGCUAAGGUAUAUUAUGAAGUUUGGGAAGAGUUUAAGCAAUCAAAUAGAAGAAACAUUACCUGAAUGGAGGGACAAGUUUUUAUCAUAUAAGGAGUUGAAGAAAAAACUCAAACUUAUUGAACCAAAGAGAUCAGUGGGGUCCACUAAUGCUAGUAAUAAUAAUAAUAAUGAUAAUGAUGAUGAUGUUAGGGCAUGUAAGAGGAUUAAAUUGGACCCUAUGAUGACUGAAGCUGAAGUUGAGUUUGUUAAUUUAUUGGAAGAUGAACUUGAGAAAUUUAAUUCUUUCUUUGUUGAGAAAGAAGAAGAAUAUAUCAUUACAUUAAAGGAGUUGCAAGAUAGAGUGGCGAAGGCCAAGGAUCGUAACGAUGAGAUCAUAAAGAUUCGCAGGGAGAUAGUAGACUUCCACGGCGAGAUGGUUUUGCUGGAAAAUUACAGUGCCCUCAACUAUACUGGGCUUGUGAAGAUACUUAAGAAGUAUGACAAAAGGACUGGUGCUCUUCUCCGCUUGCCCUUCAUUCAGAAGGUCUUGCAACAGCCUUUCUUCACCACUGACUUGCUUUACAAGCUCGUGAAGGAGUGUGAGAAUUUGAUCGAUCGUCUAUUCCCUGUCAUUGACGCCUCGUGUAUUACUGAGGAAGCUGAUGGAAAUGAAACUUCGACUAGCGGCAAUGAGGGUCUACUUAGAGCCCCGAAGGAGCUGACAGAGAUAGAGUAUAUCGAAAGCUUAUACAUGAAGAGCACCAUAUCUGCUUUACGAGCUUUAAAAGAGAUUCGGAGCAAGAGCUCAACGGUUAGUGCUUUCUCGUUGCCCCCAUUGCAAAUUAGUGGACCUGAAGAUACUUGGAAUAAAAUUCCAAUCUUAGAACAAGUAGCCAAGUAGUUUAACUAUACAAGGACAGUUGUUUGGUGGCCCCUUGAAUGUAUUCUCUUGUUACACUAAGUAGUAUUUUCUUUUCCUUUUUUGGGUCUGAUAAUUCACAUGUUAUGCAUGUAUUAGAUACUAAUAUGCAUGUAUUAGAUACUAACACAAAUGUAAAAUGCACAAAUUUUAAUCUCAAAGAGUGUGUGAUGAGGUCUUCUGGUUCAUCUCUUAAACUGGUUAUUCUACUUGUGUGUAUCUUCUUAUUGUCUAUAAUUACCUUUAAUCUUUGCUAUGCACA